UUGCUUGUGUAAAUGCAAAAAAACCCAAAAGCGUUCCUACUUUCUGCUGUUGUUUUCAGGUGGCAUUGAUUCUUCGCAGCCCGUGCACUCUGUGAGCCAGGGCGUUCAGCUUAGCAAGCCUGGGCUUGGGGCACCUGCUUCCUCUGCUCUGAUCUCCUCCGUGAGGACGCCAGCUCCAGGCCUUUCUUCACAGCCACGGUCCUCACCUUCCAUUACGCAGUCACCGGACUCAGCCCUUCAGGAAGGCAUGCAGUAUGGUGGAUAUGUUAAUAAUCAAGCUAGCUCUGCACCAACUCCCUUGUCAUCAAGUUCAGAUGAUGAGGAAGAGGAUGAGGAGGAUGAGGAAGCAGCACUUGAUAGUUCUUCUACUACUAGCAGUGCGUCUCCUGUUCUGAACAAUUACGAUGCCCUGGAAGGAGGUGGCUAUCCAGAGACACGCUCUGUGACCAGCAGCCCAGAUCCUACUCCACCAGCCCCUCAAACAUCAAAAACUUCUAAGCCCUUUGGUUAUGGAUAUCCAACGCUGCAGCCUGCCUACCAAAAUACAGCACCACCUACUCCUGUGCAGCCCACUAAUCCAAGCCACCAUCCUGGGUUCCAGCAUUAUCCGCAGCAAUAUCCAGGUGUGAACCAGCUGUCCUCUUCCUUAGGAGGGUUAAGUCUGCAGCAUUCUCAGCAGCCAGAAGGCUUGAGACCUGUAAACCUUACACAGGAUAGAAAUAUUUUACCUGUAUCUUCAGUUCCGGCUCCAGUGCCAAACUUGAAUUCUGAUCUUAGGAAAUUAAACUGCAGUCCGGAUUCAUUUCGAUGUACAUUGACAAAUAUUCCACAGACGCAGGCUUUGUUAAAUAAAGCUAAACUUCCUUUGGGUUUGCUGCUACAUCCCUUCAGAGACUUAACGCAAUUACCAGUGAUAACAUCAAGCACAAUAGUGAGAUGCAGGUCCUGCAGGACAUACAUCAACCCUUUUGUUUCUUUCAUUGAUCAAAGGAGGUGGAAAUGCAAUUUAUGCUAUAGAGUUAAUGACGUCCCUGAAGAAUUUAUGUAUAAUCCUCUGACACGAUCUUAUGGAGAGCCACACAAACGGCCAGAGGUCCAAAAUUCUACAGUGGAGUUCAUUGCUUCCUCUGACUAUAUGGUAAUAAAUAAAUUGUUGUGGUGAGCUUCCACAAAAUUG